CCAACAAUUUUCCCCUCGUUCCGCCCACCAUCGAGGACAUGGAAGAAACGUACGAUGCUGUCUCUGGUCAAGAACUGACCAUCACGUGUACAGCCAAGGGCGACCCCGAGCCUUCGGUCAUCUGGAAGAAGGAUGGACCUCAGAGUGCCAGCACUGAUGGCAUUGUGAAAAAGGGCCCCACUUAAAAGAAAGUUGGGAGCAACCAGAAUGACAUGGAGGAAAAGACAGUGGCCCAGCACAUGACCUUCAAGCCCGUGACCUACCAGGACGCCGGCACCUACAUCUGUACAGCCUUCAGUCUGGUGGGGAGCGCCAACAAGACAGUCAAACUGACCGUGCAGUAUAAGCCAAACUUUGACACUGAUUUCAAAGAGCGAGAAUUCUUUGGCUGGAGAGGCCACAAGGCCAACCUGACAUGUCAGGCCAACGCCAACCCCGUGGCCACCAUUGAGUGGUACAUGCCGGAUGCGGAGAACCCUGACGACUACUCUAAGGCCGUUCGCAUUCCCAACGAGGCCCCGUAUACCAUCAACAUGCUGCAGAAGUGGGACGGAUCUUUCCUCAGCUCCAGGUCACUUCACGUGGACAUCGGGGAUGAGACGAGCCAUUACAAAGAUUUCCUGUGUGAGGCCACCAACGUCCAGGGCACGACCUGGCAGGUUGUCACUCUCAAGGAAGCAAAGCCACCGGGCUCCCCUGUGAUCAGCAUGGGCAACGUCCUGACGUCCUCCAUCACUGUCAACAUUGAGCCCCCUGCGGAGAACAACGGUCAACCGGUCACUGAGUACACCUACCUGUACUACCCUGACGGAGACGCCGCCCAGACCAACAAUGGACAGACAGCCCGUACGGGUGACAAGACGAAACUGGAACUGACUGGUCUGACCUCCAACACCCCGUACGUGGUCAAGGUGAAGGCCAAGAACAACGUAGGUGAAGGUGAAGAGGCCACGGUGACCAUCCCCACCCUGAAAGUGAGCAAACCGUUCCGACUGACCAUCAAGUCUCCCCAGAUGAGCGAAAACGCUGACUCCUACCUCCUGGAGUGGGAGCAACCCGAUGACGGCGGCUCGCCCAUUAAGCACUUUAGCAUCUCAUACAGACAGGUGAAGGUCAAGGGCACGGAUGAGCCGGGGACAUGGAAGAUUGACGGCGACAUCGACCUGGAUCCCAAGCUGAAGGUGGUGCCUAACCCCAGCGCCCUGAGCACGCGGCUGGACGACCUUGACGCCAACGCCUUCUACGAGAUCCGCCUGUGGGCCACCAACGAGGAGGGAGACUCGGAGCUCACCCAGGUGCUCAUCAAGACAAGUGCAGGAG